CUUUAAAGUCAUCUCUCUUUUCGGACAAAUGGAGACGACCUGAGCGCCUGGGAUUUAUGGUGAACCAACCGGUUUAAAACAAAAAUAAAACAACAACAACAACAACAACAACAACAACAAACACAAACAGGCUAUCGUACAUUGGCCAGGUUUGUUCUUCCACUCUUUGGACAACUUACCCGCCACAACUCAGGGUGUUUUUCAGGGAGAUGGAAAACGGGACGUACGAUGAUGUGGAGGCGCUGUGGGAGAAGGUGGAGUACAAACGUUCAGAACUGAGUCGCGCCAUCUCCCCGGCCAAGCUCACCCCCUACCUCCGCCAGUGCAAAGUCCUGGAUGAACAGGACGAGGAUGAGAUCCUCAACUCCAUGCUGCUGGUCUCCAAAGCAAACCGCACAAGCCGUCUAAUUGACAUCCUCCACACUAAAGGAGAACGGGGGUAUGUGGCGUUUCUGGAAAGUCUGGAAUUUUACUACCCUGAACUGUACAAGCUGGUCACAGGGAAGGACCCCACGAGGCGCUUCUCCACCAUCGUAGUGGAGGAGGGUCACGAGGGUCUGACCCAGUUCCUGAUGAACGAAGUGACGAAGCUGCAGCAGCAGUCUAAAAUGAAGACCCUGCAGCAGGCGGAGCUCAGCAGGAAGAACUGCACCCUGGAGGACGAGCAGAAGAAGCUGCGGCUGGCUAAUCAGGAGCUUAAGGCUUUCCAACAGAGUAACAACAAGUUGAGAGAGGAAAGAAAUGCCUACAACGAUGAGCUGCUGAGAGUGAAGGAUGAAAACUACAAACUGGCCAUGAGGUACGCCACGCUGAGUGAGGACAAGAACAUGGCUGUGAUGAGGAGCCGAGACCUGCAGUUAGAGGUUGAUCAGCUGAAGCACAGGCUGAACAAGGUGGAGGAAGAGUAUAAGAUGGAGAGGAGGCAGAGUCUCAAGCUGAAGAACGACAUCGAGAACCGGCCAAAGAGAGAGCAGGUCUUUGAGCUGGAAAGAGAGAACGAAAUGCUCAAGAUUAAACUACAGGAGCUGCAGUCCAUCAUACAGCCUGGCACACUACCUGAGUCAGACAAGGCCAUCCUUGAUAUUUUGGAGCAUGACAGACAGGAAGCACUAGAAGACAGACAGGAUCUGGUCAACCGCCUCUACAACCUCCGUGAAGAAGUCAGACAGGCAGAGGAACUACGAGACAAGUACCUGGAGGAGAAGGAGGAUCUAGAGCUAAAAUGCUCCACACUGCAGAAGGAUUGUGAGAUGUAUCGCAACCGCAUGGACACCAUCACGGUACAGCUCGAUGAGGUGGAGAAGGAGAGGGACCAGGCGUUUCGAGCCAGAGACGAGGCCCAGCACCACUUCUCCCAGAGUCUCGUAGACAAGGACAAAUAUCGCAAGCAGAUCAGAGAGCUGGAGGAGAGGAGCGAUGAGCUGCAUAUCGAGAUGGUACGCAAAGAAGCCAAGCUGGUCACCUUAGAGGCUCGACUACGACGGCUGUCCAAGGACAAUGUGUCGGAUCAGAGUCUCCCGAGGGACUUGCCCCCCACCAUCAUCUCUCAAGCAGAGGACUUUAAACCCAUCCAGGGCCAAUCAGAGUGGUCCAGCGAUGAGUCGCCAGAGGAGAAGUUCUUAUCUGACGAGCCUCGCCUCAGACGCAGACCCAACCUCAAAGCAGUGAUCAGAGUUAAAUCUCCAAUCUGUUUCCACAAAGAAGCCAACUCAGAGGCUACUCAGUCUACAGCUCUGUCAGUCAACGGAGGAGAAUUUCUGGAUAUCCAGAAGGGAAACUCACGUGUCAAAAGCAUCUCCCUCCCUCCUUCCCCGAGCACCCUGAUGUCUCCCACAUACCCCUUCUCGGCUCCCGUCCUCUCCCCCUCCUGCUCCCCGCUGCCCUCCCCACUCAACUUUGCCAUGGGGGAACAGCCCAACAGGCCAAAUAUGCUGCGCUACCGUAAUGACAGCAUCCUGUCCACGCUGCCUGAGCCACCGGAGAAAGCAUCUCUUUACCGCAGAGAGAGGGAGAAGGAGCAUGACUUCCACCCCCGCAGGUGGUCACAGCCCAAUACCAGAUUACACAUCCUCUCGGACUUUGAUAGUGACAACAUGGAGUUUGAGGACGAAGUGCAUGGUCCACCUUCUGUCCACUCGUCGUCCUCGUCCCAUCAGUCAGAAGGGAUGGACACUUACGACCUGGAGCAGGUCAACAAUAUCUUCAGGAAACUCUCCCUGGAGCGGCCGUUCCGUCCGUCUCUGUCGUCCUUCUCCAGGAUCAGCGCUUCUCUGAAGCAAGUGCAAGAUCUGACGGUACAAGGCGACAACCUGCUGAAGGACAUCACUCUGGUUGGCGGCAAUGAAAGCGGGAUUUUUAUCUCAGCUGUCCAGGCGGGCUCCCUCGCUGACAAGGCGGGGCUAAAAGAGGGCCACCACCUCCUGUUGCUGGAGGGAGACGUACGUGGAGAGAACCAAAGCAUUUCAUUGGACACCAGCACUCAGGAAGAAGCCCAUUGGACGCUGCAGCACUGCUCUGGACCAGUCAAACUGCACUAUCGAGCCAACUUUGACUCCUAUCGUCGCCUUCUGAGGGAGCUGACAGAAGGCCCUCAGGUCUCUGGCGACUCUUUCUACAUACGUGUCAACCUCAACAUCUCCGGCCAGUCAGACAGCUGCUCUCUGAGCGUGCACUGUGAUGAGGUGGUGCACGUGCUGAACACCAGGCACCAGGGCGGCUGCGAGUGGCUGUGCGCUCGUAUCGACCCCUACAGCGGAACAGACCUGGCCGAACGUGGCACCAUGCCCAGCAACUCACGGGCCCAGCAGCUGCUCCUGGUAAAGAUUCAGAAGUUAAUGUGUCGAGGAGGGAGAGAAGAGAAUGAAAUUUACCGCAACAGUCGGAACAAUUUACAGCCAGAAGAAGCCAGCCCGUCUCCUGAUCCUAAAGCCAGCCCACGCCUGUCUAGAGCCAGCAUCUUCCUCACUCAGAUACUACAGUUUGUCAGCAGAGUGGAUAUAAAGUACAAGCGAAUGAACAGCAAUGAGCGAGUGAGGAUCAUCAAUUCAGGCAGCACGACACUACCCAAGCAAGGUUUUGAGGCGUUUAGAACAGAAGAUGCUGCUGACACAGACAGUGAGCUGAGCAGGAGUCUGAACCUGAUUCCCUACAGCACCGUCACCCCCCAGCGGACCCAGAGGAGGAGACCCGUCCUAUUCACCCCCACUGCUCUGGCCAAAACCAUCAUCCAGAAAAUACUGAACAUGGGGGGCGCCAUGGACUUUAACAUCUGCAAACCAGACACCCUGUCCAAAGAAGAGUUUCAUCUGAAACAGAAUGUGGAGCCCUUCAUUCACUACAAAGAGAAACAAAACACAUUUGAAUGCAUCACCAGAGAAAACAUAGAGGCUGUCGCUUCUAAGGGCAAGCACUGCCUGCUGGAGGCUGAGCUGAGCUGCGUCAAAGACCUCCUGCGGAGAGAGAUCUACCCAAUCAUCAUCCACAUCAAGAUCUGUGAGAAGACUGUCAAGAAGUUACGGAGGUUGCCUCUGCGCGUGGACUCGGAGGAGGAGUUUGUGAAGUCGUGUCGGGCGAAACGGAAGGAGCUGGAGGGCAUUCCCUGCCUCUACGCCAGCCUGGAGCCCGAGGCGUGGGCAGGGACGGACGACCUCAUCAAGGUGAUCAAAGACCGGAUACUGGAGGAGCAGAAGAAGACGAUCUGGGUGGAGCAGGACCUCCUGUAGACACAUCCACACAUUAAACACCCAUGGACAUUUUCUGCAUACGUAUUUAUGCUAAGACUGAAAAAAUGCACACGUGGACACACACUGCUUAAAAUAAAUGCAUUAUAUAUUUUGUAAAUGUGUGCUUUAUUUUG